AGCUCGCCAUGUAUUUUCGACACAUACAGGUCGAAAAUACACCUAUUUUUCGACAUGUAUGUGUCGAAAAUACCCUUAGAUUUCGACGCCCAAGUGUCGAAUUAUGAUGCAAUUUUCGACACUUAAGUGUCGAAAAUUACCCAAAAUUUCGACGCUUAAGUGUCGAAAAUUGCAUCAUAAUUCGACACUUAAGUGUCGAUUUGGUUCCUGUUGCAAAUUUACUUGUCUUAUAUUUUCGACACUUUUGUGUAGAUCGAUUGCACCCAUUCAUUUACCACGUCAGAAAAAUUCCCAACAAAAGAAGCUUUAAUGGCAUGGGUUCGUGAAGUAUGUAAAAGAAUUGGAAUGGUGUUAAUGAUUGGGGGUUCGAGUGACGGGGAUAGAGGACGUAGGACACCGUAUGUGAUUGUUCGUUGUGAGCGUGGGGGCCAUUAUGUUGGCAAGAAGGUACCAGGUGAAGAUGAUCAAAGACCGGGAAAAAGGAGCACCGGUUCAAAGAAAUGCAAUUGUCCGUUUAAAUUGAAGGGGACAAGGGAACACAAGGAUGAUGAAAAGGCUGAGUGGAAAUUGGAUGUUAGUUGUGGUAUUCACAACCACAACUUAUUCGAAAACUUGCACGGACACUCUUAUGCCGGAAGAUUAUCAAAGGAGGAUGUUUCCUUUGUUCACACUAUGAAGAAAGCAAUGGUGAAACCAAGGGCAAUUCUAAGAGCAUUGAAGCAAAAGGACCCGUCUAAUGUAACUGGUAUGAAGACAGUUUACAAUACUAUCUCUAAGUUAAAUUUCAGUGAAUUGGAUGGGAGAUCUCAAUUGCAAUCAUUGUUUGUCAAGUUGAAAGAAGAUGAAUACCUCUCGUACCAUAGAUCGAACGAGUUGAAUGCGAUUACCGACUUGUUUUGGAUCCACCCGAAAUGCAUUAAGUUGGCACAGUCGUAUCCGUACGUAUUCGUCAUCGAUUGCACGUACAAGACCAAUCGUUACGGACUCCCAUUUCUUGAGAUUGUGGGUUUUACUUGUACCAACAAGACGUUCUCAAUUGCCUUUGCUUACUUGGACCACGAAAAGACGGAAAAUUUUGAAUGGGCGUUGCGUUGUUUGAAGGAGGCCAUGACCAGUUGUCCUCGGCCUAAUUGUAUUGUAACAGAUCGAGAUUUGGGUUUAAUGAAAGCAGUGGCCAAUGUGUAUCCAUCGAGUCAUCACUUGCUGUGUCGGUGGCAUGUGAACAAGAAUAUAGUGGCCAAUUGUAAGAAAUUGUUCCCAAAGGACAUCACCAAAUGGAAGCAAUUUCAGUCGAGUUUUUCGGCUCUUAUUGAAAGAAAUACCAUAGAGGAGUUCAAUGAGGAUUGGGAGGAUUUGAAAAGAACAUUUAUUGGUUAUCUCCCGGCUAUAGAGUAUGUAGCUAAUUCAUGGUUGGAUCCGUACAAGGAGAGACUUGUAUCGGUGUGGACAAAUAAGUAUACUCAUUUUGGAACGUACACUUCUAAUAGGGUGGAGGGGGCACACGGACGAAUGAAAAGGGAUGUGCGUAAUUCAACUGGCACAUUUGUGGAUUUGUAUACGAAAGUCCACAAUCAAAUUGUCGAACAACACAAUGACAUCAAGGCUUCCUUUGAAGUAAGUAAAAAUACUUACGAGCACACUUUCAAAAAGUUGAUAUACAAUGAGCUUCGUGGAAGUAUCUCAAAAUACGCUCUGCAACUACUCAAAGUUGAGGUGGACAAUGCGAAACUAUUGCAACCGAGCGAUAUGGGUUGUAGUUGCGCCAUCCAAACAACCCACAGUCUACCAUGUCGCCAUGAACUUCAUGAGUAUGUUGUUGUGAACAAAUGUCCUAUCCCACUUGAGUUAAUAGGCUCGUAUUGGAAACACAUGAGUAUGGAGCCCGUCGCGACCACAGGCCAAGUCAUCCUACCAACCAUCGACGAAGAAUUAUCGGAAUACCAGAAGCUCUUUGAAUGUGCCGAUCUCGAUGCAAAAACUCGAUUGCGCAACCAUUUGAGACAUUUUACCCACCCAGAGAAGACUAACCUUACGGAGCCAAGUGAAAAAGUUGUUAGCAAAGGUCGACCGGCAAAAAGUAGGAAAGACAAAUCAAGCACUCGGGACAAAUCACAUUUUGAGUAUGUGGAGCCAAAGAAAAAAAAAUCGAAGCAAGCUAGUUGUUCUCCAAAGCUUAUACCUGUACUGAUGAGAUUACGAGGGCAUUCGAAUGAUUCUUUCAACACUAUACCAACUCAAGAGUCAGGAAAAAGCACUAUACCGACACAAGAGUCGGUCAAACCAUUAUUUGAAGAUGCAGAUGUGGGAUUGCCACCAGGUUUGAUCGGCAAGAAUAAGUACAUUGACACGAUCCAUCCACGAUUUCGUAUGCACGUUCGAGAAAUCAUCAAUGUCGGUUCAGAUGGACACUGUGGAUUUCGGGCAGUUGCCUCUAUGAUGGGAUUUGGAGAAGAUGAAUGGGGUCGAGUGCGAGAUGACAUGCUACGGGAGUUGACUUCUAAUUUUUCCACUUACACGACCAUGCACCGUGGCGAAGAAACCGUUAGAAGCAUGCAAGCUAUUGUGAGUAACUGGGAUGUUCCUGCAACUCGUGAUCAUUGGAUGUCUUUGCCAAAUAUGGGUCAUGUAAUUGCUUCAACAUACAAUAUUGUGCUUGUCUACUUAUCCAAGUAUCAGUGUCUCACGUUCCUUCCCCUAUCGAGCGAUCCAAAGCUUUUCAGCGAGAGGCAAGAGCACGGUAUGGCAUUCGUCGACAACUGUCACUUCGUGCAUGUUGUAUUGAACAAGAAUUGUCCAAUACCUCCUAUCGCCGAUUAUUGGUACCGGUGUCAUGAUCCUAAAGCUGAUGGUUGGAAGCCUGCAGAAAUGGAUGGUCGGAUUACAGCAUUUCGAGAAUUAAUAGGUCAAAAUGUUGCCACGCGAGAGAGUUUCGAGAUUAUUACUAUAUCAGACAAUGGUGAUAGUUCUCCCAACAUAAAUAUGUAA